GUUCCAUUGACCUUGCUAGUCCUAUGAAUUUGCCCCUCUUUGACAAGGUUAGGCACUGCUUCCAUGGGUUCUACAAGUCAGCCUUGGUGUUUCGGAGUCUGCCCUACACCCUUUGACACCCAAAGCGCGGGUAACAUCCCUUUAUGCAAUUUGCAAUAGAAUAUAAGAUGGGGGUAUCUCGCCUGGCCUCAAGGGUAGGAUCAUCAUCGCCCAGGUUACCUUUUCUGGAAACUGCAAAUUGUACUUUUGCACCCAACCAUUGACUAAUUGGAGUCAGUGCAUAUUCUUUGCAUCAUCUCCAAACCAUCCACACUAUGCCAAUGUUCGAACGAACAAUCCCACCACCCAUGUGGUCCUCCUUCCCCUCCAGUCGACUAGAUAGUCGCCAUCGGGAAUCUGCCCUGCCCAUCUCCCCGGACUUCCCGAUUUCACUACCAAGACCUAUCCCAAUCAUGGGAUCCAAUCACUCCCAACCCCGAAGUCGCACUGGCUCCUCUUUCAUCAACUUCUGCCGGGGAGCUUCAUUUAGGAAGAAAAAGUCCUCCGCAUGGGAUCCCCCCACCUACGAAGAAUCACAAUCCCACCCAAAAGUAUCUCCAAAAUCUCCGAGACCCUCCACGGAGUCAGACUCAGACUCCCGCUAUUCCUUCCUAAAAGACUUCGACACCAUCUUCCUCGUCGACGACAGUUCUAGCAUGAGCGGUUCCCGCUGGGCGGAAGCCGAAAAGGCCAUUUCCGCAAUCGCCCCCAUCUGCACCCAACACGAUGCCGACGGCAUCGAUAUCUACUUCCUCAACCACCGCCGCGCCUCGACGGCCUCUACAACGGGUGUCUACAGCAACAUCACCACGGCAGAUGACGUCCGGGAAAUCUUCCACAGUGUGCGGCCCCGCGGCUCUACCCCCGUCGGUCGACGUCUUCUCCAAAUUCUCCAACCCUACCUCCACCGCAUUCAAGCCAUGCAAGCUGCCCGCACCGCGGACGGUUACCUCUCUGACCCAUCCCUCUACGUGAAGCCGGUCAACAUCAUCGCCAUCACGGACGGCGAGUUCACCGACGACGCAGAGAGUGUCAUCGUGCAGGUUGCGCGGACCCUCGAUAGUGCCGGGUGUGGGGCGUUGCCGUGGCAGGUGGGAAUUCAAUUCUUUCAGAUUGGAGAGGAUGAGAGGGUGAGGCGGUAUUUGCAGGAGUUGGAUGAUGAUUUGGGGAAGUGGUGUCGGGAUGAGAAGGUUAGAGAUAUUGUAGACACGGUGCCGUGGAGGGGCAGGAGUGGGGAGGUUUUAAAUGCGGAGGGGAUCUUGAAGUGUGUCUUGGGGGCAGUGAAUAAAAAGUAUGAUCGAAGGAGUGUUUGAUCUCUGCCGAUUGGGGUUUACUUCUUGAAUGUUUUUAUUUACAUUAUGGGAUUUUAUUGUCGUUGAGGGCAUGGGAUGGUGUUGGAUGGCAGCAUUGCUUGUUUCGAUGUUUGGGAGGUAAUUUGGACGCGCGCCAAUGGGAUCUAUGAAUGUUAAUUUGAUGAUCUCCAGACUAGUUUUCCCGUAUGUGAUUGGAUCGCUUCUCGGGUCUCUAAAUUCA